CUUUCGCCAAACCGCGAGCUCGAACUGCCGAAGAAGAAGAAGAAGGAGGAGGAGGAGGAAAAUCGCGGACCCGAGGCUCGAUCGCGCGCCGUUUCCCCGCCGAUCUAUCUCGCUCCCCUCGCGCGCCCCUGCCGGAGUCCGAAUCCGACGAUUCCCGGGUCCGGCAUUGAUCCCCGUCCCCCUCCCUCCGUCGUUCGAUCUCGCCGAGAGAUUCGGAGUCCCCCCCCCGGGGCGCUGAAGGGAAGGAUUCGGGUGCGAAAGAUUUGGGAGGAGAACAUGCUGCGGCAGUGUCGGAUCUUCGCUCGCGAGAUCGGAGCGCGAUAGAGCCGAUCGGCAGCUCAGCCUCUCGCUCUUGGGAUUCCGACGCGGGGAGAGGCGAGGCGCGGAGGGAUGUCUACUAAUAAAGAUGUGGAAAAUCCAAAAGCUGAGGAGGCUCUAGUUGAUACUGGAGCCUCUUCUUGGUACAAUGCUUUGCUUCACCAAGCCUCAAUUUAUGGUAUAGCUGCUGGGUACUGCAUCUCAGCAUCAUUGCUCUCAAUCAUCAAUAAAUGGGCAGUUAUGAAGUUCCCUUACCCUGGUGCUCUGACUGCUUUGCAGUACUUAACAAGUGCUGCUGGUGUAUUUGUCUGUGGUCGGUUGAAGCUCAUAGAGCAUGAUUCACUUGGUCUAGUGACCAUGUGGCGGUUUCUGCCUGCAGCUAUAAUUUUCUACCUGUCUCUCUUCACCAACAGUGAGCUCCUCCUCCAUGCCAAUGUUGAUACAUUCAUCGUCUUCCGUUCUGCAGUUCCCAUGUUUGUUGCCAUAGGAGAGACUCUUUUCUUGCAUCAACCAUGGCCUUCGAUGAAAACAUGGCUCUCAUUGGCCACCAUAUUUGGUGGAAGUAUUCUUUAUGUGCUUACAGAUUAUCAGUUCACAUUCAUGGCAUACAGCUGGGCUCUAGCUUAUCUUGUGAGCAUGUCCAUAGAUUUUGUGUACAUCAAGCAUGUGGUCAUGACCAUCGGACUAAAUACGUGGGGUCUUGUGUUGUAUAAUAAUCUUGAGGCUCUUCUACUGUUUCCUCUGGAGCUUCUUAUAAUGGGUGAAUUGAAGAAGAUAAAGCAUGAAAUCACCGAUGAGUCGGAUUGGUACUCCUUUCAGGUGGUUUUGCCCGUGGGAUUAUCGUGCAUAUUUGGUCUAGCGAUUUCAUUCUUUGGGUUCUCCUGUAGGAGGGCAAUUUCUGCCACUGGAUUUACAGUGCUUGGCAUUGUAAACAAGCUAUUGACAGUUGUGAUUAAUCUUGUUAUCUGGGACAAGCAUUCAAAACUGCUGGGAACAGUGGGGCUUUUGAUUUGUAUGAUUGGAGGGGUCAUGUAUCAGCAAUCUACAAGCAAACCUAAGCCUGAGAAACAAGUAGAAGCCAAAGAGAAUGAGGAGGAACAGCAGCAGCUAAUUCAGAUGCAAUCUAGCAAACAAAGCUCCGGUGAUGAUGAGGAGAAAUGAGUGUUUCCGUGAAAUAAAUUCAUUUCAUUUGUUUUCACGCUUCUGUGUCAAAAUAUUAUGGUGGAUUGUCCACACUCCAUAGUUAGAUUGGUCUUGAGCAGCGUAAAUUGCUCUGCUCUUUUUGUGAGUUACCAUGCCGUUUAAUUGGCAUCCUCAUCUCGGUGUACCGAGUCUCCAUCAUAUCUGAUGAGAAAUCUAGAUAGACGGUUCAUUCCUUUGCUAUAUCAUUCUUUUCUCAUUCAUUCCAGUGAUCUAGUCAAUACAAACAAUUAUAGAUUGUUCUCUUUGUUUACUCUUAAAUGUUACAUGUAGUGAUUAGAUAUAAUA